CCUUUGGUCAUGACAAACAUCUCGGAUCUCCAGAGAAAUACAACCCAAGUAGUCGGUCUAAGCAAUUUUGAGAUAGUGAGGUUGAUCUUACUCAGCAUAACACUUACAAAUUUCGUAAUCUUCUCCUAUUUCAUGGCAAUUAUGCUAAGUGUCGGCUUCACCAACGCCAUUGCCCGCCAAGAAGUCCGCUACAUCUUGUUUACGCACAUGCUUUUCAAUGACUCGGUCUAUCUCUUCUUUAGCAUGUUCUUGUUCUUAACUUCCUAUUUUUCCACCAAGUACCCUGCACCUUUCUGCUAUAUAUUUAUCAUCGUGAGCUCCACUUCUCUGAAGAUCACUCCCUACAACCUGGCCAUCAUGUCUUUGGAGCGCUAUAUCGCCAUAUGUUUUCCGUUAAGACACAGCGAGAUCUGCACUUUACAAAGAAUGGGUAUCGCUAUUGCAAUUACUUGGGCCAUUGGAAUCUUACCUAAUGUUGCAGAUGUUUUUGUUUUGACUUUGACCGUCGAGAAAACAUUUUUUGCUAGGAUUGUAAUUUGCAGUCGCUCUUCCUUCAUUGUCGCAUCGGUCCAGGAUACCAUAAGACUUGUAAGCCACGCCUCAACGUUUUCUUUGGUGGGGCUCAUAAUCAUCCUCACAUACAUCAAGAUCAUGUUGGUGGCUUUCAAGGUUGACUCAAGAAAGUCGUCUGCCUCUAAAGCUGGAAGAACGGUCAUGCUCCACGCCAUUCAGCUCCUGCUGUGUAUGAUGGCUUACAGCUACAGCAUCGUUGAGACCAUUUUUAAAGAUUAUAUCAAUUUACUCCCCAUCAUCAACUUUUGUUUUUUCAUGUGCUUGCCGAGGUUCCUCAGCCCUUUCAUUUAUGGGAUUAGGGAUGAGCUCUUUCGUAAACAGAUUAAAAAAUUUACUGUGUGCUAUUUAAAAAAAAAACCAUAG